AUGAAGAAGCUCGUCCUGGGUGGCCAAGCCUUCACAAACUACCCCUAUGCCCGCUAUGCGACCGAUGUUACCUUUCAGCAGUCUAACAUGCCCGUUGGUCGCAUGCAGGAGCGUGCGCUCUACUACAGCAAGAAACAUCACUUGCAUGGAUACAAGGUAGAAGUGUCUGUCCUCCCUAAUGGACAAGCCGUCAACUGCACGCAACACUUUCCCGGUAAUACCGGCGAUAUCGACGUGUUCCGAAGGAGUGCAGAGUUUCAUCUGCAGGCGCUGUGCAAAGUCGAUGUACCCGUCAAGUUGGGCAGUGCUCGCCGAUAA